UCAGAGGACUGGAGGAGGAGACAACAGAGGAGAGGAGAGGGGGAUGAGACUUGUGAAAAUCCUCUGUUAAAAAAGCAGCUUUGGGAGGAAGACAAAGCACAGACUAAUGCCAGAUAAUUACCUUCAGUGGAUGAGGACUGUCAUGUUGAAGGGUGGCUGUCAUUGAAUCUGAAGAAGGGGUGAUACUGCAGAUGUACAGUGAAGAGGCCCGUUUUCUGCUGGAAAUGAGCACAUGAGGUCUUCAGUCCCAGUCCAAACCCCAGUCCCAAAUCUCCCAAUCUUUACACCGAAGGGUUAAUCCAGAUUUGGGAAUGCUGGGCGUCACAGACUGCUGAGCCAACAAAACCGCACCUCCUGAGGAUUUGUGGAAUCUGAGCAAAUCUGGAAAUCUUAAUGGUUGUUUUUUGAGGAAAGAACACCACUCUAUAAGAGAGCGAUUCAGGUCAGGGUGUCUGACUCCAGGCUCCAAGCAGAUCCAGUGUCCCAAGCGCCAGCCCACGAGUUUGGCUCCUCUCCAGCCUUCUCCUGACAGGGCCUGAAUUUACUGCUGCUAAGCUGGGAGUCAUAUUUCAUGCAACCAUUCCAAUGGUGUAACGGGUGCCUGUGUGGUUUGGCUUCUCAGCGCUCUGAACACUACUGCAGCAUGACGUCUGACAUCUAUCACCUCCCGCUCAAUGUAUAUGUCAUUGUGCUGGGCAUUGGCCUCUUCGUCUUUAUGCUCAGCCUCAUCUUCUGCUGCUACCUUUUCAGGUUGAAACAACAAGGAACAAGGGAGCAGUUCAGCUACAAUGAGGUGGUGCUGAAGGGAGCAAGCAAGAAACUCAGCCUCCUUGGACAAACCUGUGCUGUGUGUCUGGAAGAAUUCAGGACUCGAGAUGAACUGGGAGUGUGCCCUUGCUCACAUGCAUUUCACAAGAAGUGCCUGCUUAAGUGGCUGGAGAUCCGCAGUGUGUGCCCCAUGUGUAACAAACCCAUCCUCCGGCUCCACACAGAUGCUCCCCAGGGCGCUGAGGGUCCAAUGGACCCUGAGGAGGUGUGAAGGAACUGAAAAAAGG